AUGUGCGGCGGAGCACUUUUGAGCUCCGGCCUCUGCCGAUUCUCGGAGCUCACGCCCGGACAGUUCGGGCUCACGAAACAGCUGGUACGUUUUGAGGGAAUUCAAAAGAUCACCACGUAAAAAUAUUUUGGAAAGCGAGGAUCUGAUCAUGUUUCUAAACUUUUAAAAAUCUGGCCCGCUUUCAAAAUAUUCUAAAUUGAUCAGGUGUUCCGUCUGGCACUGCCGCACAUCACUCUGCUCGUCGUUUCGAUAUUGUAUGCGGUGUUUGGUGGUUGGAUGCUGACUCUGAUCAAGUACAGUCAGCAGACAACUCAUCAGGCAAUCAUGUUCGAUCAGUGAGUCACUGAUUAAAUCAAUUUAUGCGAAUCCCAAUGGCUUUCAGAACGAGACAGAACUUUGCGAAAAGGCUGGCGGGGAUCGGGGAGAGGGACGAUUUCGAGGCGGUCGUCAGCGAGUUCGUCGACAAGGCCUACGAGUUUUACACGAUGGAGGAUGGGCAUCGGCUACAGGAACCGGUAGGUUUUUCGGUUUUCGCAAGGAAAAGUAUUGUUCCGACAGUUCAACUCGAAUCCCCUGACCAACUUCACGUCGAACUUGUUCUUCGCGGCCACCACGCUCACUUCUAUCGGUAGAGAAAACAACAAUAUCCCGACUCGAAACUGUUCCUUCAGGAUACGGAAUCGAUGCUCCGGAAUCCCUCGUCGGCCGCGUGUUCUGCCUCGUUUACCUGUUUUUCGGCAUUCCCCUCUACCUGAUCACCAUCGCCGACAUGGCCAAAUUCUGCACGGAGCUGAUGAACCGAACGUACACGGAGAUCAUAAAGUACAAGUAUCGAGUGAAAAGACGGUACAAACGCUGGAAAUCUGGAAGAAUCAGAAGGUUCGCAGCACUUUUCAUAAUCUUCUUACAAUUGUUCAAUGUUUUUGCAGAGAAUCGAUGAAAGUCGGGCAAGUGAUAAUAGCAGGCGGUGAGGACGAAGUGGCCGAGUUUCUGUGGACGCAUCUGGAGCACGCGCAGUUCGUUGAAGUUCCGUUCCUGCUCGUCAUCGGAAUUCUUCUCCUUUACAUCGGACUCAGCUCGUGGUUCAUUUCGUGGGUCGAGGACUGGAACAUGACCGACGGAUUCUACUUUGUCAUGAUGAGCGUGCUCACCAUCGGCUUCGGAGGUAUGCUUUUUCUUUCGGUCAGGCUGGAGUUGGCCACUAGAACUGACAAUCGUAACGUUUUCAGACCUGGUUCCGCGAAAUGAAAUCUUCGCAGUUCCGAUUCUGUUCAUCAUUCUCGCCGGAUUGGUGCUGACCACUACUUGUGUGGACGUCGUCGGCGCCUACUACAUUGAUCGGCUUCACUUCUUCGGACGCCGUCUGGAUGAUGUAACUGUCCUCUGAUGUUUCAGUUCUCAUUGAAUACUUUCAGGAUCCGCUCUCUUGGCUGAAAGAAGUGCAGCAGCGGCGGAUAGAAGCGAUGAAGAAGGAGGCGAUGAGGAAGUUAUUCGAGACUGUUACGGCUCUCCAUCACAUUCGAUUAACAGGUGGGUUUCAGAAGCCCUCCACGUCUAAGCUCACUUUCAGCCUUCAAACAACUGACCCAAAACUAUGACGACCAUCUGCGGAGCAAGGCGCCCGAUCCGCCGCGGAAUCUUCUGGCUUCGCAUGCCACAGCGGACUCGGUGAUGCUCAGAUGGAGUGCUCCGAUCUAUGUGGACGAGGGAAAACGCUACUGGUACACGAUCACAUACAAACCGAGGACGCCGCAACGGAGGAACAACGUCGUCGCCGUGGACUUUAUCAACAAGGACCGAUACAUGGUGACCGGCCUCAAGUCGUUCACUUUGUACGAGUUUAGCGUUUAUGUGACCACCAGAUACGGUCAGAGUGUGCCGAUUAAAGUGCAAGAGUACACAGGUACAGUUUACAUUUAAAUCAAGACCCGAAAGUCCUUCUGUUUCCAGAGCCGUGCACAGUGCCUCAGUCGGUCCGAAUAGAUGCGAUCUCGGACGAGACAGCCACAGUUUCGUGGCGUGCUCCUAAAAUGAACAACGGUCCCGAGUCGUACGUCAUCCAGUUCGUUCAAGAGCCCGCGCCGCAGUUUGUGUACUGGAACAAGUACAAAGUGGGACAGUCGACGCGGUUCACACUCACAGAUCUUCAUGCUGACACCAGGUGAGUAGGGAGUCUUGUCGUGAACCGGUUGAGAACCGAUCUUGCCAGGUACAUAAUAUGCGUGACCGCCGAGCACAACCACGGACUCGCCGCCAUGUCCAAGUCGUUGAGGUUCCGGACGAAGAAGUGGUGGGGCGACGAGGACAGCACGUGUCUCCGGAUCCCGGGCACGAGCCACCGGCUCUCUAUCGCCUCGGCCAUCAGCACGCUGACCGCUCUGAGGUGA